GUUGCCUGCCGUUGCGAUGGAUGCAAUUUAACACAAAACCGUUUGCCCUUGAUUCGACACUCAGCUCUAGGAAGCCGACUUGAAUACACGCUUUUUGUGAAAGUACCGAAAACACUCAUCUCACCAUGUCGAAGAUUGGAAUUAACGGAUUCGGCCGUAUCGGUCGUCUGGUCCUGCGUGCCGCCGUCGACAAGGGCGCCCAGGUCGUUGCCGUCAAUGAUCCCUUCAUCGGCGUCGACUACAUGGUGUACCUGUUCAAGUACGAUUCGACCCACGGUCGCUUCAAGGGAGAGGUCGAAGCCAAGGACGGCUGUCUGGUCGUCAACGGCAUGAAGAUCCAGGUCUUCAUGGAACGUGACCCCAAGUCCAUCCCAUGGGGCAAGGCCGGAGCCGAAUACAUCGUCGAGUCGACCGGUGUGUUCACCACCAUCGAAAAGGCCUCCACUCACUUGGAGGGCGGUGCCAAGAAGGUCAUCAUCUCGGCCCCAUCUGCUGAUGCCCCGAUGUUCGUCGUCGGUGUCAACCUGGAUGCCUACAACCCAUCGAUGAAGGUUGUGUCGAACGCUUCCUGCACCACCAACUGCUUGGCCCCACUGGCCAAGGUCAUCAACGACAACUUCGGUAUUGUGGAGGGUCUGAUGACCACUGUGCACGCCACCACCGCUACCCAGAAGACCGUUGACGGACCAUCUGGCAAGCUGUGGCGUGAUGGCCGUGGUGCUGGCCAGAACAUCAUCCCUGCCGCUACUGGUGCUGCCAAGGCCGUCGGCAAGGUCAUUCCUGCUCUGAACGGCAAGCUGACCGGUAUGGCUUUCCGUGUCCCAACCCCGAACGUCUCCGUUGUCGAUCUGACCUGCCGUCUGUCCAAGCCAGCUCCCUAUGAGCUGAUCAAGCAGAAGGUCAAGGAAGCCGCCGAUGGCCCAAUGAAGGGAAUCUUGGGCUACACCGAUGAGGAGGUCGUCUCCACCGACUUUGUCGGAGACACCCACUCGUCGAUCUUUGACGCCUUGGCUGGAAUCCAGCUGAGCGACACUUUCGUCAAGCUCAUCUCCUGGUACGACAACGAAUUCGGUUACUCCAACCGUGUCGUCGACCUGAUCAAGUACAUGCAGAGCAAGGACUAAAUCAUUUAAUCCUUAAUAUAUCCCCAAACGUUUUAAAACAAACCAAUUCUCAGGGCUUGACGCCGCUGAUCUGCUAAACUUAGACGUUGCGUAUCACACACACACCGUACACGAAACAGUUACAACACCUAAAACACCUCAAGUGAAAAGUACUAAAAUCCUCCUGUAAGAACACUUUCAACAAAGGAAGAAAAAUAAUUAAACACUAUUCUGUUUAGUUGAUAAGGUUAAUGAUAAUAAUAAUAAUAAAUUUAACUGCUAAAAAGUAUAGAAAAAUGCUGAAAAUUAAUUAUACCUGUUGUGUAUUGUCAAGACAUUGAUAAAAAAAAACAAACAAUCGCUUAAGGUUAGAGAGAGACAGACAAAGAACUACGGAAGAUUUAAAAAAAAAAUCAUUCGCGCGCAUCGCCCUCCGAAUCCACUAAACAUACCUUUCGGAUGCUGUGUUAUACAUACCACAGCAGAGAGAGAGGGGGAGUGGCGGAAACAAUACCCGAACAAAUGAGUAAAAAUACCUAAUCAUGUAUUUCAUUUUGAAAAUGAUGCAUUACGGAAAGGAAUAAUAAACACCUAGAUUGUUACUAGUCGAGUAAAA